AGGUUCUUAAACACGCUUUAGAUAUAAACCAUAUAAACAUAACCUAAAACUACGUCCGCUACCUCGAUCAACCUCAACGUGACUUGUUGCGACGUAAACAUAUUUCAUGUAUUCAAAGCUGUUUUAUAAGAGACCAAUUAAGAUAGAAAGCUUGUAAAAUGCGUGCCACGAAGCAAAUGCGACGACGCCAGAAGGAGAAGAAAAGGGCUCUGUACGUUCGUUUACCACACGUGAUACGAAAGGAAGAGGACGUAGCGAAAUUAUUUACGGGUGACUUCAAAGUGGAGCUCACUCGACAGUCCAGCAGACACUGCUAUGUGAUAUUUGCCAACGACGAGGAAAAAAUGAAAAAUUUGAAAGCCUCGAAGAACGUACUGAUAAAUGGGAAACGUGUAUUAAUCGCGCCUGCCGUUACGAAAAUACAAAAACCCACGCAUAAAGUGGUCCAGAAAAAAAUUGUUAUUCCUGAAGUGAAGGAAAAUUUACGAGUUACGAGGACAUUGUUCGUGUCAAAUAUCGAAUGUGGAACGAGAAUUCAAGAGUUGAGAGAAGCUAUUCCAGGAUGUGUUACGAUUAAAAUGUUGAAACCAUAUUCAGGAAACCUUAGGGGUGCAAUGGUUAAAUUGGAGAGCCCACAAAUGGCAGCUGAAUAUUUGUCACAGAUACGAGAAUGGCCAGUAGUACGCAACCGUAAAUUAAAGUUGAAACCUGAUACCAGAAUUAGACAUAGAAAGCCCAAGUCAGGUCCCCUUAAAAUUUAUGACAGCGAACCAGAAGAUAAAGAAGACUCUAGUGAAAUAAAAAAAGACGAAACUGUAGAUUAUAUUGCAAUUUAAUGUAAACUAAAUUGUAUCAUUGUAUUAAAAUUAUUUUUGCAUGUA